UGUGCUUGCGAGUCUUGUUGUCACUUGUCAGACAGAAAUUGAUUGUCAGUUUAGUUUUCAAGAGUACCAGUUUACUUGCAUCAUUUUUAUUUUUCUAAACUAAAGAUUGUUAGCGUGUUUAUCAGUUUCAUAAUUUUAUAAAUCCAGCACUAUGACAUUAAACUUGGGAAGAAAGGACGGCGGUCCCGGAUACGUCGGUAUACAGUUCUGCCAAGAGUGUAACAACAUGUUAUAUCCACGCGAGGACAAAAACAACAAAGUUUUGUUGUAUGCCUGUAGAAACUGCGACUAUAAACAACUGGCGGACUCAAACUGUGUAUACGUGAACAAAAUUAUGCACGAAGUUGACGAAUUAACCCAUAUAAACCCAGAUGUGGUGAGUGAUCCUACUUUGCCUCGAACGAAAGAUCAUAUGUGCCCGAAUUGCAACCACAGAGAGGCGGUGUUCUUUCAGGGACAAACUCGACGCGCUGAAGAAGAGAUGAGACUAUACUACGUGUGCACUAGUUGUAAGCACAGGUGGACUGAGUAAAUGUUCUUAAUUGUAAGAUUAAGUUUUAAGAUCAAUAAACAUAAUAAUAUUAUUUAAA